AGGAUAGUUGGAUGGUGGGAGAUAGUCUCCAACAACGCAAAGAUCUCUUGCUCUGCAAGCUUGCAACAUAUAAACAGUCCCCUGAACCCAAGUGUACUAUAAUCUAAUCAUCAUAAGGAUACAAGCUGUCAUGGAUUUUGCUUCCACUGCCGUAGCAUUAAGUUUCAUAUUAGUUUUAGCUAUAUAUCUGGUUAGACUCCAUGGCGGAAGAUUACGUGAUAAAAAAAAGAGAUACCAUCCUGUUGCUGGAACUGUAGUGCACCAACUGAUCAACUUCCCCAGGCUGCACCAUUACUUGACUGAGCUUGCAUGCAAAUACAAAACUUACAGGAUGCUCGACUUAUUCAAAGGUGUGGUUUACACAGCAGAUCCUGCAAAUGUGGAAUAUGUGCUCAAAACAAACUUCGCUAAUUAUGGCAAGGGGUCGUACCUGUACGACAUUUUGUCAGAUGGACUAGGCGAUGGCAUCUUUGCAGUGGAUGGGCAAAAAUGGCGGCAUCAGAGGAAGGUGGCAUGCUCUGAGUUCUCAAUGAAAGCACUCAGAGACUACAGCAGUUUCGUCUUCAAAACCAAUGCAGUUAAACUUGCUCACUUAAUUGAUGAAGCUGAAACCCGAAACCAAGCAAUAGAUAUCCAAGAUUUGUUUACGAAAUCAUCCUUGGAUUCAAUCAUCAAGAUUCUGCUUGGUGUCGACCUAGAGAGCAUGAGUGGAACCAAUGAAGAAGGUACCCUGUUUUCACAUGCUUAUUUGUCAGGAGAAGAAGCUAUCCUGUAUCGACUUAUUGAUAUCUUCUGGAAGAUCAAACGGUUCUUAAACAUUGGUAAGGAAGCAGAGCUAAAGAAAAACAUCAAAGUGGUCGAUCAAUUUUUGUAUAAAUUAAUCAAUAGCAAGAUUGAAACUAUCCAUAAUCCAGAAGACAACCCAUCUUUGAAGAAAAGAGACUUGGUUUCAAGGUUUUUGGAAUUGAAGGAGACUAAUCCGAAGUACUUGAGAGACAUGGUCCUUUGUAUUACUAUUGCCGGACAAGAGACGACAGCUGGCACUCUUUCAUGGUUUCUUUAUAUGAUGUGCAAGCAUCUUCAUAUACAAGAAAAGAUUUCACAGGAAGUUAGAGAAGCAAUAAAUCUGAAAAAUAAUUCAAGUGUUGAUGAGCUUGCAGCAAGCCUUACGGAGGAAGCCCUUAACAAAAUGCAAUAUCUCCAUGCGGCUUUAACUGAAACACUCAGACUCUAUCCUUCGGUUCCAAUGAAUGCAAAGAUGUGUUUUUCUGAUGAUACAUGGCCAGAUGGAUUUAGUGUCAAAAAGGGGGACAUGGUGGUAUACCAACCUUAUGCAAUGGGAAGGAUGAAAUUUCUAUGGGGAGAUGAUGCCGAAGAGUUUCGGCCAGAGAGAUGGCUCAACGAAAAUGGUCUUUUCCAGGAUGAAAGCCCUUACAAAUUCACAGCGUUCAGUGCCGGUCCAAGAAUUUGUAUAGGAAAGGAACAUUCUUAUAUGCAGAUGAAGAUCUUUUCUGCUGUGCUUUUAGGUAGCUAUAUAUUCAAGCUAGCUGAUGAGAAAAGAGUGAUCACCUACAAGACCACAGUCAGCUUCCCAAUUGAUGGAGGCCUUCAUGUGCAUGCCUCCCCAAGAUCAGGGCAUGCAAGACCUUAAAUCCCAUGUUUUAUAACUACAUUGCAUCCCUUGUCUUGUCUAUGUUAUCCUCUUAAUUAGUAGUGUUCAAGUGCCUGAUCAUCUUCAUACCGUGCCACUCCGUGCGAUCGAUCAAUAAAAGCAUUGUUUGAUAACUUGAUGAGAGAACUA